AUGCGCCGUCAAUUUUUGAAGGGUUUGAUGAUGGCCGCCCCCGCUGCAUCGGUCCUUGCUGCGCCAACCCGGGGCAUUUUCACGGUGUGGGGGUCUAUCCCGCUGGAGGACUGGGCGACGAAGGAGUCUUGGCUGAAGCGCAUCACCAACUUGUCGAAGUAUCGUAGCUUUGAGUUCAGCCACGUCCCGGAGGUGGAGGCUCCUCCGGGGCUUAAACUGUCCGCGGUGGAGCUGUACCUGCUCAGCUGCGUGGAGGACGACACCAAGCGCCUGCUGAACAUAUCCUGGACGUAUGAUUUUGACUCAUUCUGGACCGACCGCGUGAACUCGCACGAUCUUCUCUACAAGGCUUUGUACCAGCGGCAGUUCCCGAUUUACAGGUUUUUCCUGGGUGACUGCUCAAGCAACGAGGCGGGACGAAAAUACAUCGAGAAAAAGCUGAAUUACCUCAAGGCUGUGCUGCACUGGGCGGCGAUGACGGAGCGGCGCUACACGGCUAUAAUGAAGGCCAGAUUUGUGGUGCAGCGUGAGGUCUGGAACGCGUUGGAGCGCGAGCGGUACCUCAUGGGGUGCGUGGAGAUCGUGGAGUCCUUCAAGACGAAGGUGCCGGCGGAGUUUGCUGCGAAGGCGAUUGGGGAGCUUGAAACCGAACUCGGCACCGUGCGGCACUGGGUGUGGGACUGCCCCAACGCGAAAAGGACAUACAAGCAAUUGGCGUGA